AAACAGUGUUUACGUGAAAGGGGUUCAGGAGGGGAAGGAGAAAAACCUUCCCAUCCCCUGUUUGGUGCUCUGCGCAUGCUCACACUGCACUCGCGUCUUAUUAAUUUUUAAUGGAAAAUGGCUGCGUUUCUUAUCCAAACCUCUGGAGCUGGGCAAUGAGAAUAAAACCCCGUCAAGGCGGAAGCAUCUCGCAUGUCGUUAACGUUCACACCGAAACAAUCCGAUGUGGUGAUUAAACGUUAGCUAGCCGACGUCCUGUGGUGCGAAAAUAUUUGGGGAAAAUGGAUCGACUCACGCUUUGAGGGAUGAAAGAUCAUUUUUUUCCUUAACCCUUUCUGCACCGAGAUCUGCGAACAAUCGAGCAGAGGAUGAUGCGCCAGGUGACAAGCAGUGACUUCUGCAUGACUAGCAGGCCGUCAUGCCUAGCAGAGGACGGCCACCACCCCGCCUCCCACUUUGACCUGUGCACCCAGGCCAACAAGUUCUACCCUCCUCCCCCUCCGUCGGCCGUCCAGAUGACGCUGGCUCCUAUGACCUUACCCGCCCAGAGCCACAAGCCCAUGGUGUGCCAGAGACAGGAAGUGCUCGGGGGCACGCCUGGAAAAAUACCCAGCAUUAAAAGCACUGAUCAAGCGACGGAUGACGGCAAGAAGAAGAACAAGGCUGCCGGGAAGACAGGCAGACGCGGGAGGCCUUUGGGAACCACCAAGCUAGCUGGAUACAGAACCAGCACAGGGCGACCCCUCGGCACCACCAGAGCUGCAGGGUUCAAGACGAGCCCAGGAAGGCCGCUGGGUACAACCAGAGCGGCGGGGUACAAGGUCAGCCCUGGACGGCCUCCUGGCAGCAUCAAGGGCCUGUCUCGCCUCAACAAACUGGCUUAUGGUAGCACCUGCAGUGGAGCGGCUUUCCCCUAUCCGCUGCCACACAAGGACGUCCUCUGUGAACCUUCCUGCAAAGAGAAGACAGCUAAUGAGUAAAGGCUCUACUCUGUUUCCACUCACCCUCCAUCAGUUGAAUAAGAGACGCAUGUGUACAGGUUUCCUGCCAGAUAUGGGGGUGAUUGUAAUCUUUCCCAGUCUGCUGUGAGGCUGAGAGGAGGAGAUUUUCUAUUAUUCGUGUUGGUGUCAUCUGUGUGCCUGCCACCUGAUAUAAUACUGUUAGUCUUUCAGUGCCACUGCUGGAGAUCUAUAGUGUGUGGAAGGUUUCACUACACCUUGCUGUAUCUGUUUUCUUGG